AAGAGUAUAAAUAAAGUCAUUAUCCCUGAGAAAAGUAUUAGAAAGAUCACAGCUUUAUAUUGUAUAUACACACACAAACAAUCUAAUAUAACUUCAUCCCAGAAGCUGAAAUCAACAGAGUAAGAUUCCUAAACAUUUACAAACACCUUCAAGCUUUAUUGAAAAGGACACAAUAUUUCCACGCCCAAAUAACCAUAAGAUCAGUUAAUGCACAUACACACACACCCCUCUGAUAUAACUCCAUCCCAGAAGCUAAAAUCAACAGAGUAAUAUUUCCAAACAUUUACAACACCUCCAAGAUUACAGGUUUACUGAAAAAUACACAAUUAUAUGACAUCCAAACAAUCAAAAAUCAGUUUAAGCACAAAUAUACACACACAAAACUGAUAUAACUCCACCCUAGAAAGUAAAAUCAUGAGAGUAAGAUUUCUACUCCAAGUGAUAGACUUCUGUGACAUCCGUGGGCAAUUUGAAGCACAGGACACCUCAAUUGAGCAUGCAACAGUUUAUGAUUUCACUAUAUUUGCACGUUUUCAGCAUUUGGAAGUUGUGGUAAUUUUCGUAAAUGACCACCAACUGAACAAUCAAUAAUCAGUUUAAGCACACAUAUAUAUUUUUGGAACACCUCCAAGAUCACAACUUUAUUGAAAAAAGACACAAUUAUAUGACACCCAAACGAGCAAAAAUCAGUUUAAGCACAUAUAUAUAUUUAGAACGCCUCCAAGAACACAAGUUUAUUGAAAAAUGACAGAAUCCCUCUUUCUCCAAACUUCUCAACUAUCACUAUCUCUUUCCUUUUUUUUUGUUCCUAAUAGGAGUGAUGGAUUCUGGAAAUAGUGGCAGUGUGCAAUCUUCAAGUGGUGGUGGUGAUGAAGAGUAUGAUUCACAUGGGGGCUCAAUCUCAACUUUCUUGAAUUCUUCAGCUCAUUUUGGUUCAAUCUCAUCAAAUCCACUCCCACAAUUUCUUUCUCACCAACCCACUCUCUUUGAUCCUCCUCAUGACUCACAAAAUUUCAACUCCAAUUUCCAAGAUUCAGCAAAUUCUCUUUACAAUAAUGAUCUUCUCUGGCCUAAAUCAUUGGGAUCCGAUAACAAUUUUAACAACUUUGGAAACUUAAAUUCCUCAUCAACAAGUGCUACUAAUCAUGCGAUUUUGGGUACUAAUACUCAAGUUCCAAACUAUAAUUCAAUACCAAUAAAAUCAAGCAUUGUUCAUCAGCCUAAUGUGGGAAAAAAUCCAAAGAAACGAAGCAAGGCAUCGAGGCGGGCGCCAACAACUGUUCUAACAACUGACACUAUAAAUUUUCGACAAAUGAUUCAAGAAUUCACAGGGAUCUGCUUAUAAAUCACAUUACAUUUACAACUGUUCUCACUUUUAUUUAUACCCCUAUUCCAUCUCUCUACUGAUUGUCACUUUCAGUGAGUGAAUCAGUAAGUGUGAAACAAGGAGAAGACCAAGAAUAUAGAGGAAAACAGGGCAGAGAAGAAGAGUUCAAAGCAAUUAAUGAAAAUACAUGGGCUGCAGUAAGCUUAUAGUAAGUGAAAGGUAUGUCAAUAUUAUUUGUGAGAGCAACAUGAUAAUAUUUUAAAUCAAAAUGCCAAAUGGGAUUUUCCAAGAUGGCAGAAAUGAUAUGACAAAAAGAGAUGAAUGAAUCAGUCAAAAAGAAGAGUAGCAGAGUCAUCAGACAAUGGCUGAAUUGCUGCAGGUAUCAACAAAUAUCAACAAGGAUUCUUGCACAACCAAAAACAAUGUUAAUGAACACAAGAAUAUGACCAAAAUUUGAGACUAACAAGUCAU